AUGAGCAGCAUCUUCAUCCUGGCGCUGGGCAGUCUGCUGCUGUUGCUGCUGCUGCCCGCACUGGAAGCCAGCCCCAUCUUUGUGGAUAAUCCCAGCUUAGCGCAGUUUCAAUCCGGUCGCAACAUACGCCACCUGCCCUGCAUAGUGCGCAAGUCGGGACGCUCGGGUGUCUGCAUGUUUGCCAUCGACUGCAUCAAGCAGAAUGGCACCCAUUUGGGCACCUGCAUUGAUCGCUUCUAUUUUGGCUCGUGCUGUGCGCUCAAGGAGGAGGCUUCGCUGUUUGCGCCGGAGAUAAGCGACAAUAGCAUCGAUCAGAAUACGAUUUCACAUUUCUCUCACGAAUCCACCACGUUGCCUACGAGUGCACUUUUCAAGCUAACCACCGAGAGCAGCACCACGCAUAACCACAAUUAUCAGCAGCAGCAAAACACCGCCAGCGAGCUGCUCAAAAAUGUGACUCAAAGCUAUUUGAGCAGCAUGAAGCCGGUGCGCACCACCACCACCAGCAGCAGCAGCAGCAGCAGCGGCAGUCAAGCAACAAGCCACUCGCCUAGCUCUACGCGUCGCCCCACCACCGCGCACACCACCCACAAGCACUCACAUUUUGUGGUGCGCACCACAGUCAAACCCAGCGCAGCACCAACGCUGAUAACCACCGUUAAGCCACCGCGCCGUCGCACCACCACAACACGUCCAGUGCUAACCACCGUGCCAGCGCUUGAGCAGCGCAUUGAGACCACGACGGUGCCCAGCAAGUUUGUCACUUUCCAGAUUGUGGAGACAACCACGCCAACAGCCACCGAACCCACCAAUCGCUUGCCCGAGACAACCACCAGGCGGCACACCAGGCCCACCGCUAGCAGCAGCAGCAGCAGCAGCAGCAGCUCAGCAGCUGCUAAGACAACAAGCAGAACAACAACAACCACCAAAGCGCCAACCACAACCACAACAACAACAAGGUCGACAACGACGACGUCGACGACAACGCCACGUCCCACACCACCGCUGCGCACCACCACGCCAAAGCCACACAAGCCGCAGUCUAGCAGACGGCCAGCGCCUGUCAAGAAGCCAGCAGCAGCAAACACCACAACAACAACAACUGCAACGCGCAAGCCCAGCGACAGCAGCAGCAGCAGCACAGCAACAACAUUGCCCGCUCGCAAGCCAGCUAAUAGCACCACCAGCACAACAACAACAGCCACAGUAGCUACUGCUAGCCAGAGUCAUAAAACUCCGGCAGCAGCAACAACGAGCAGCAAGCUGCCGGAAAGAACAACGCUGGCGCCCAGACCAAAGCCACAGCCAACGGGCGAGAUUGUCAAGGUGCCAGCAUUGCUGGCGGACGCCGGCAGCACAACAACCGCAGCAACAAGUACGCGUAGACCAACAACAAGCACCAGCAGCACAGCAACAACAACAGCGCCCAAAAAGCAAACCAGCAGCAGCAGCAGCACAACAACAACAACCACAACAAGCACGCCCAAGCCCACGCGCCGGCAUACAACGAAAACAACAAGCACCACAGCAGCACCGCCAACAACAACAACAACAACUGCUGCAACGCUGCUCACAACCGAAGCGCCCAAAUUGCAGACAAAACCAACAGCACCAACAACAACAACAGCAGCAGCAGCAACAGUUGGUGGCACCACCAAAAAACCUGGCCUGAUCACCUGGACAGACGUUGAAGCGGAGCCCAUUACAAAUGCGACCAUUAGCAGCGAUUGGCAGCCGGGACAAUCCGCAGAUUGGGUGCCAUUGCCCACUUUGUUGCCGGAGUUGUACAACAAGACGACAGCAACGCCCAGCGCCACAGACAAGGUGGUUAUCUCGGUGGCCACCAGCGUCAGCACCAGCAGCGGCGAUUCGAAGCCGGGUCAGAGUCAAAUGCAUGAGCAGACAAUGGUAACCAGCAAGCCGCAUAGAACCACAAAACCGCCUAUAACCUCCAGCAGCAGCAGCAGGCCAACAGCAACAACUGCAGCAGCCACAACAACAACAACAACCACAAGAACAACUGUAACAAGCAAAACCACAGAGGCACCACCAACAAAAACAACAGCAAAAACAACAACCACAACUGAACGCUUGGAAUUAGCAUCCUCAACGUCGUCUUACACAGAUUCAAGCACCGAGUUGAGCGGCAGUGGCAGCAGCAGCACCACCAGCACCACCACCACCACAACGGAUUACAGCGGUGAGGAUCUGAACCAGACAACAACAACAAUCGAUGCAGCUGGAAAUACAACCGUAGCGCCUGCGACUGGCUUGGAGGGCGUCGAUUACAGGGAAGUCUGCGGCCGUCGCAUGUUCCCCGAGCCGCGCAUCGUUGGCGGCGCAAACGCCGCCUUUGGACGCUGGCCCUGGCAGAUAUCGCUACGUCAAUGGCGCACCUCCACCUAUCUGCACAAAUGCGGCGCGGCGCUGUUGAACGAGAACUGGGCAAUCACUGCAGCGCAUUGUGUUGACAAUGUGCCUCCCUCCGAUCUGCUGUUGCGCCUGGGCGAAUACGAUCUGGCCGAGGAAGAGGAACCCUAUGGCUUCCAGGAGCGACGCGUGCAAAUUGUGGCCUCACAUCCGCAGUUCGAUCCGCGCACCUUCGAAUACGACUUGGCGCUGCUCAGAUUCUAUGAGCCCGUGGUAUUCCAACCAAAUAUCAUACCCGUUUGUGUGCCCGACAACGAUGAGAACUUUAUUGGGCAAACAGCCUUUGUCACCGGCUGGGGUCGUCUUUACGAGGAUGGACCGCUGCCCAGCGUGCUGCAGGAGGUCGCUGUGCCUGUCAUCAACAACACCAUCUGCGAAUCGAUGUACCGCUCCGCGGGCUACAUUGAGCACAUACCGCACAUAUUCAUCUGUGCCGGCUGGAAGAAGGGCGGCUACGAUUCGUGCGAAGGUGAUUCUGGUGGGCCCAUGGUGCUGCAGCGUGAGUCGGAUAAACGCUUUCAUCUGGGCGGCGUCAUAUCCUGGGGCAUUGGCUGUGCGGAGGCCAAUCAGCCGGGCGUUUAUACGCGCAUCUCCGAGUUCCGAGACUGGAUCAAUCAGAUUUUACAGUUUUAGUCGCAUCGUAGUCUUCG